AUGAUCAGAUCUGACGCGGCGGAUGUGUUGUCGGCCCGGCAGGACCUCGGCGGGUACUACGAGAGGCAGGUCCUCAAGGAGGAGGGCAUGGGCGGCUACUGCCUGCGGGACGUGAUGAGCACAGAUAUCACCACGGUGACACCGUCCAUGGCGCUGUCGGAGGUGACGCCGCUGUUCGAGAAGCACACCGGCCUUCCGGUGCUGGACGAGGAGAAGCGGCUGGUGGGGGUAAUCUCGAGGAGCGACGUCGACAACCGGGGCGGGGAGACCGUCCAGGAUGCGAUGUCCACGCCACCGAUAGCUGCAAAGGCGAGCAACAGAGUCGCAGAUGCUGCAUGCCUGAUGCUGAAACACAAGAUCCAUCGGAUCCCUGUGGUUGACAAGCGGGCCACAGUGAUCGGGAUUGUCACACGCACAGACAUCUUCACUGCAUUGGAGGCUGAGGUCUCAAUGCAGUCUUCCUGA